GUAUGGUGCUCCUGGGAAGGUCGUAAUCUCCAACCUCCAACCUUUACGUUGGCAGUAGAGGGCCAACCACCUGGGCCACCUAGGGACCAGAAUCACCCUGGACAGCAUUGGACGUGAAAUACUCUCCGAGGUUCAAGACCCCGCGCCAGUGGUACUAUAAAAUCUCUUUUUUGACCAUUUUGAGGAAAAAUAGAAAGAUGUCCAAAGCAAGGGGCCUAAUAAGCCCCAGCGAUUUUGCCCAGCUGCAGAAAUACUUGGAAUAUUCCACCAAAAAGGUCAGUGAUGUGCUACAGCUCUUCUCCGAGGAUGGCGAGUUGGCUUACUAUCUCAAAGGAGAUGCCAUUGGUUACAUGGGAUUCCGGGAAUUCCUGAAAAUCUAUCUGGAAGUAGAUAAUGUGCCCAAUAACCUGAGCAACGCACUGUUUCAAUCCUUCCAGACUGCUCACUGCUUAGAUGAGACUGUGCAUGAAGAUGUGGUGUGUCUCAGUGAUGUCUCCUGCUAUUUUUCCCUCCUGGAGGGUGGCCAGCCAGAAGACAAGCUAGAAUUCACCUUCAAGCUGUACGACACGGACAGAAAUGGGAUCCUGGACAGCUCAGAAGUGGACAAAAUCAUUAUACAGAUGAUGCGAGUGGCUGAAUAUCUGGACUGGGAUGUGUCUGAGCUGAGGCCGAUCCUUCAGCAGAUGAUGAAAGACAUCGACUAUGAUGGCAGUGGCUCCGUCUCCCUAACGGAGUGGCUCCGGGCUGGGGCCACCACCGUGCCACUGCUCGUGCUGCUGGGCCUGGAGAUGACUCUGAAGGACAACGGGCAGCAUAUGUGGAGACCCAAGCGGUUCCCCCGGCCAGUCUACUGCAACCUGUGUGAGACCAGCAUUAGUCUCGGCAAACAAGGGCUAAGCUGUAACCGUGAACCCCACCCCCCAAACCCUUUUAUACUUACUUUAUCUUCGAGCGAGUUCGCUGAAGGGGGCGAGGUUAUGGAAGCAGAAUACGCCGGGAUUUCUGGUGCAGACAAGAUCCAUGAUGACUGCCAGCAAGCCGUAGGCCAAGAGUGUGACUGUGGGCCGCUCCGUGAUCAUGUCCUUCCUCCAUCGUCCAUUUACCCCAGCGUCCUGGCUUCGGGAACGGAUGAGAAAAGGAACAGAGUGCACCAGAAGAACGAGGAAGACAUAGCUGCAGGCACUUCUGAGGCUUUCCGGAUUGACCCUGUUCCCAACACCCACCCACUUCUUGUCUUUGUCAACCCUAAGAGUGGCGGCAAACAGGGGGAGAGGGUGCUUUGGAAGUUCCAGUACCUGCUAAACCCUCGACAGGUGUUCAAUCUCCAAAAGGAUGGUCCGGAGGCGGGGCUCAAAUUCUUCAAAGAUAUUGCUGAUUGCCGGAUCUUGGUGUGUGGCGGAGACGGCACCGUAGGCUGGAUUCUAGAGACCAUCGACAAGGCUAACUUGUCGGUUGUGCCUCCGGUCGCUGUGUUGCCCUUGGGUACUGGAAAUGAUCUGGCUCGUUGCCUACGAUGGGGAGGAGGCUAUGAAGGACAGAAUUUGGGGAAGAUCCUCAAGGACUUAGAGAUGAGUAAAACGGUACACAUGGAUCGAUGGUCUGUGGAAGUGAUACCGCAGCGAACUGCAGAGAAGAGCGACCCUGUACCUUUCCAGAUCAUCAAUAACUACUUCUCCAUCGGUGUGGAUGCCUCAAUUGCCCACCGAUUCCAUAUCAUGCGAGAGAAAUAUCCUGAGAAGUUCAACAGCCGAAUGAAGAACAAACUAUGGUACUUCGAAUUUGCCACAUCUGAAUCCAUCUUCUCCACCUGCAAAAAGCUGGAGGAGUCUUUGACAGUUGAGAUUUGUGGGAAACCCCUGGACCUGAGCCACCUGUCCCUGGAAGGCAUUGCAGUGCUGAACAUCCCGAGCAUGCACGGUGGCUCCAACCUCUGGGGUGAGACCAAGAGGCCUCAUGGGGAAGGCCAGAUCAACCAGGCCCUGGGCACCAUGGCCAAAGUCAUCACCGACCCUGAGAUCCUGAAAACCUGUGUACAAGACCUAAGCGACAAGCGGCUGGAAGUGGUGGGGCUGGAGGGUGCCAUUGAGAUGGGCCAGAUCUAUACCAAGCUCAAGAGUGCUGGACAUCGGUUGGCCAAAUGCUCUGAGAUCACCUUCCACACCACAAAAACCCUCCCCAUGCAAAUUGAUGGAGAACCCUGGAUGCAGUCACCCUGUACAAUCAAGAUCUCCCACAAGAACCAGAUGCCCAUGCUCAUGGGCCCUCCCCCUCGCUCUUCCCAUUUCUUUGGCUUCUUGGGUUGAACCACCAGCCCCUCCCUGGACUCCACCCAUAGGCUCUGUACAUUGCUGCCACACCCUCCUGCCAGCUCAGGGGAGUGUUCCUUCACCCUCACAGUAUUUAUUACCCUGUAUCACCUCUACUAUGCACCACACACACGUGUGUACCAUGCGCACACACACUCACACACCACAGACACAUAUUGAAAGUGCCUCAUCUGAAUAAAAUGACUCUUUUUUUCCA